AUCAGAGUAUUUAUUUACGGGGGGCGGGGGUGGUUUAUUACUGGAGGAAUUCAAUUAGCUAUCAAGAUCUUUUUCUCUGUCACAGAUGUCCAGUAUGGGCGGGUUAGAACGUUACACACAACAAACGAGACGACACGGUAGGAAUGCAAAGUAUAGGAAAGGUGCUGAUCAUUUUUGCGUUUGCAAAUCCCCCCGGGUUUGAAGGUGGUUGGAGGAGGUAGGGAAGGAAGGGCGGUCAUGAACGCCGCUGAUAAGGAGAACGAGACGGCCACUCUGCCGCAGCCUAAGCUGGUGAUUCCGAAUAUCGCGAGGACUUCAAAGAAUCCUCUUGUUUCCCAGAAUCCCUCAACAGUUUUCAAGGAGCCUUCCUCGGUCACCAAGAAGGCACCAGUGUCUGUCAAAAAGACUGCAGUGCGUAUCCAGAGAACGCCACGUGUCACCCAGAAGACACCGCAGCCUAACCACAAGCCUUUAUCUGUCAUCCAUACAAUUCUGACAUCUGAUCAAAAUACUGAUCCAGUCGAACAAGGGAUUCCUCCAGUGGCUGAGCGGCAGACUCCACUAACUGUUCAUAAAGCAGCUCCAGCUGACCAGAAUGCUCCUUUGGUUGACAAAAAAACUACACCCAUUACACAGAAGAGGCUGCCGCAUGCUCAGAACGCUUCUAUGAAUUACCGGACGAAUCUUCCAGUUGACCCAAAGACUCCGCAGUUCCACUGGAAGAAGCUGCCCUCUUCCCGGGUGCUGACUGCAACGUCUUCUGUCAUAGCGUCGUGCUCGCUCACACCGCUCUUCCACCGGCUGAAACUGCAGGAUGAAAAACACGAGCAGUCAAGUACACGACCUAUGGGGGUGCCGAUUGCUCAAGACAAGUGUGUGGAGUUUGAGCAACUCCCCACAGAGACUCUGGACAAACAGGCCGACCUGGUUACUCAACAGGCCCCACUUGCAGAGUCUGAGCAAAACAUCCAAGAACAACACAGGCCGGCAACAAAACGAGACAUGGGCGCACAGACUGAUGAAGAAGAUGUGAAAUUGCCAGAGGAACUCGUCGAAGACGCUACGACUAAACAGGCAGAGCAGCAUUUCCUGGAGUCAGGCGAGCAGUUGACACAAGAAAACAUGGAGACUUGGGCAGAUGGAGAGGGGCCUAUACGUUUAGGGCAGAUCACCAAAGAGACCAUGGAUACACAGUCAGAGCAGCAGACACGGCGGCCGCAAGGCGAAUCGGCAGCGAUGGACACGGAGGCACAGAUGGACGUCGAGGAGCAGCAACAGUUGUGGCAGUACAUUGAAGAGGCCGUGGUUCAACAGAGUGCCUCCAACGCGGAACUCGGUUACCGGGGGUUGUACGAGCGCGUGGCGGCGAGAGCCAUCGAGCUGGAGGGGAUCGAAGAGGAGCACGUGGAGUUGUGCGAGCUUGUCGGAGAGGCGAUCGCCAAGCAGAACACCAGGGCGGAGGACAGCGAUCGGGUGGGAGUCCUCGCGCAUCGCGUCAUCCAGGACCUGAUGAGGCAGGUGGAAGAGAAGAACCUGCAGCUGGAGGAGUCGACGCAGAUGCUGGACAACGCUCGCGUGAUGAUGAGCACGCUCUGCAACCAGCUACGGGCCAACGCCGAGCGUCUCCGCCAGGAGCUGCGCAACACGACUGAGCAGCUGAGUGAGGAGAGGGCGGAGUGGGCAACCGAGCGACUCAGGCUGGAGGACGAGUGCUCGGUGCGCUCCUCCGAGGUUGACGCCACCCGUGCCGAGUUGGCGCUGCUGCAGAAGUCGCUGUGGUCGGCGCUCGAGGAGCUGACUACAGAGAAGAACCACGUUCAUCGGCUGACUGAUGAACGGCGCGAGUUGACAUCCCGCGUGGAGAACAUACAGUUCCUCGAGAUUGAGAAUAAGUUCUACAUGGAUGAACGCGUGGCGUGGGAAGAGCGGCUGAGUGCCACCUGCCGCGAGCUGAAGGCGUUGCGGACGUCAGAGGGUGCCGCACGUGACGAGACGCGGGACUUGCGCAGCGAGCUUGCGCAGGCAGAGCGCGAGGUGACGGCGCUGCGCAAGGAGCUCCAUGCCAAGGAGCAGGAGCUCCAAGGCAUCCAGGAAGCGUGGACGGCGUCGGGAGUACGGGCGGAGCAGGAGACGGCCUAUCUGCAGGAGUGCUAUGAGCUCAAGCUCCAGCUGCAAAAGUGCGAAGAGAGACUGACGGACGCGUGCCGGGAUCGACACUUGGCGCAAGUCGACGUCGAGAUGCUGAAAGAGGAGCUGCUCCAGCUGGCCUCCGCGCAGCAGGAGCCGAAGUCGGACAAAACGGAAGACUGGGUCACUGAGAAGAUCCAACUGAAGCAAGAGCUGAGCCGCAUGACGCAGAUGAAGCUUGAGAAAGAAGUGGAACUCGGAGAAUGCAACAGACGUUACAAGAGACACCGCUACGUGCUGGAGGAGAACGAGAAGUUGGCCAACAUCGAGGUGGGGGAGCUGCAGUCCUUGAUCGGCAGGGCGAUGCAGAAACUGCAGUCGGCUUCUGCUCAUGCCCUGGGGUGCAAGGCCGUCGUGGACACCAUGGACCUGCUGAGCACUGCGCUGAUAGAAAAAAACGAGGAUGGAUGUGGCGACUCCUGAACACGUGUGUGGCGAGCGGCAGCGUCGCGGUUGGCGCACUGCGCCUCAACCGGCGACCCGAGGUUCGAUUGCCAUUUCACGGCUUACAUUGGUGACGAAUAUCUUAAACCGUCCUGGGCCUCCCCGAGCUCGACUCGGACUUAAAUAUAAGUACUUGGUGCGGUGUGUGUGUGUUUCCAUCGGCAUCGGGGAGACAAAGGCAGCCGAGCGUAGUGCUGCCCUGCCGACCUUCGCAGGAGCUCGCUGAACAGAACUUGCUCCAAACGGCUGUUUUAAACGCUGAACGGUCAUAUUCGUGUUCCCUUGAAAGUGUAGAAAACAAACCAAGGUAAUCGUGCAGCCUUGCAGUUACUAGCUCCUAGCACUGCUUGUGGAAGGCCCUUAAUUGCAGAGCGCUCCAGGAAGUCCGCUCUUUAGAGAGGCUAUUUUGGCCACAUGGCAGCAGAUCGAUAAAGGGCCCAUAAGACGUGGCUCACGGUGGCUGUGUCGAUACCGUCAAAAUCAAAAACUGGAAUUUAGUUUUUCUCCUCCGUUUUAAAUGACAUCGCCAGAGGCAAUUUACAUGCAGAGUGCCUUUCCAAGACCUCGCAGCGUCAAUAGCGCUCCAGAAAAAAACCCAUCACGUCAAAUGUUUGAGAGUUAAAAAGUAAUAAAUUAAAAUGCCAUUUUAUUUGGGGAUUUUCAGGAGUGGGGGGUCCUCCUCGUAUUUGGGUGUUUGGUCAAUGGAUCUAAAUUAGUCCGCGGACGAGGGCAGUAGAGUUUUUUGUCCUUCCUCCGCACCUCCCAUUAGCAUGGUUGGCUACUUACGAUACGAAAUAAAUUCAGCAUACACGCAAGUUUCGAUUUCUGUCUGAGCUGCGGGGUUUGCCAACUCCUUAAGACGGCAAGUCCUCAUUUAAAACAGCAGAUGCGUUUCUGAAAAGUGCCGCGUUCAGAGAACUAUUUCCCCACAUAAUAUAACGAUAAAGUUUGGCGGGAUACGACGUACUACUACUACUACGCGCAUCGCACAACGAGAUGGCGGGACAAAUACGUUGAGGGUGUACGCCGCCGUGUUACUCUAUCAGUUGCAUCGCUCAGCCGCGAAGCUCAAGAAAGUAGUUCGUCAUUGAUCGCUCAAACCAUACGAUUUAUAACGGCGCGAAUUCCCGCGAAAAGUGUUCCCCAAUGCUCUCGAGCUGUAUUGUUGUGGCAACGCGGUUCACACACACGUGGUAGCAUCCUUCCUCGCCGAAUGUACAGGUGUGCCAGCUUGCUGAUGUAUAUAUUCAUGUUUUCAUCUUGCCUUUGUUCUAAAAGUGACUGGUUCAUUCUAUGACAGUCCAUUAUACAUAAACCCAGUAUGUACAGCUGUAGUUGUUGCAGUAUUAAAUUAACUAUCCCUAGAGCUCUUGACUGCUGCUGGGUGUGUCCACCAGUUGGAUGUACACGAGGUUAAGGGUCAUGGUGUUGUCCGUUUCUAAUCCACAUUUGUCAAUUUGUUGCGGCGACUGGCUUGGUUUUAUCAACUUGUCAGGAGCGUCUUGCUUUCUUCCGCGAAGCAUUUCAAACAAAAAGAAUCGACUUAAUCCGGAUGCAGUAAAAAAAUCAUCCAAUAAAUGUGAUUGCAAAACUUCUUGGAUUAAUGUUUUAAAUCCGUUUCAAAUAAACGUUGCUGAAGUGU